GUCUCUCUCCACUCCACUGUGUACAAUCUAAUAAAGGGGCAGCAUGACAGCAUAGAACCGUCUCGAUACCAGAUUGGUCUAAUUUAAGGCAGUGCAUGCAAGCUAUCCGCCUGCUGAGUGACUUUACGUAAGAUACUAAACACCAGUCUACUACUAAAAAUGUUGUAUAAUAGCUGCUCUUUCAUGCACAUAAGGAAUCUGACUAAAAUUAUGAUUAAAAUAUUGCUAAGCGCACCACUAGAAAUAGUUUCCCUGCUUUUCUUUGUCUUUUCUGAACAUGUUUACAAAAGCAUUUUGAUUACAUCUAUGGGGUUUUGUCCUUGAAAAUAAGCAAAAACAUUGUGCUGUAUCAGGCUUUGUUGUCCACAGGUCACAUUUCAUAUCAGAGGUGUGGUUUAUAGGGUCAACUGUUAGUGGCCGUUGGCAUUUCAGAGAGCACGUUUGAAAAAAGCAUGCAUGAAUUAACAUUUGAACUUGUUAUUAACUGUGGGUAAGCAGAGGAUAUUAAAGUCACUCAGGGUCAUCCAUUAUCUUUAUUGCUAUAUUGAAAAUGACAGUAAACGAUCCUUGGUUGAAGUACCUCUUCUGUGAAAGAUACAGUAUGUGCUUCAUUAUAUAGAAAAGUAACACGUGAAACUGUGUCCUUUUGCAUGUCCUAUUAAAUCUUAGCUUAUAAUUAGCUGAAAUGGGACUGGAAAAUAAUGUUCGGGGGCAUAGGUGAUGUGUAACUGGCAGGGUCGGACUCAAUAAGUAAACUAAAAACUCAACCAGCCAAUAAAAAGGCUUUUAGGGAUGAGCCCACUGUUGCCUAAAGGUCUUGUCCAGCCCUUGUUUUGUUUCCUUGAUGUCUUUCUUGCCUUUCAUUACAUUGUCCAUUCAGCUCUUAGACCUGUGUGAAGACAGCUUAUUGAUUCUUUGUAGGUGAACAUUUGGGUAGGAUGUGGUUGUGAGGAUAAUUAUGCACUGGCUUGAACUUGUAUCAGUCAACAUUUUUGCAUAGUGGGAUAUUAGUUUACUGCAAAAAGUGCAUCAGGGAUAAUGUUGCACUUCAGAUUUGGGGUUACUCUCCUGCUUCUUUUAUUGGUUGUCAGGUGUGUUGCAGAGGAAGAAACACAAACUAAAGGUUGUGUUUGUGGAUACCCUGGAAUACCAGGGGACCCUGGGCACAAUGGUUCACCUGGUAGAGACGGCCGAGAUGGACUCAGGGGUGACAAAGGUGAUCAAGGGGAAAUUGGUCCUAUGGGACCAGCAGGCAAAGAUGGACUAAAGGGAGACCAAGGUGAAACUGGUCUAGUUGGCCCCGCAGGGCUCAAAGGAAAAAGAGGAGAUAAUGGAGAACGGGGGCCCCCAGGAAAAAUGGGGCCCCAAGGAGUCGAAGGGCCCAUAGGUCUGAAAGGAAAUAAGGGAGAAAUUGGACUGCCUGGACCUGAAGGACCUAAAGGGGAUUUAGGACCCCCUGGGCCAGAAGGUCCAAAGGGGGACAUUGGGCUUCGAGGAGACAGAGGCAUUCAGGGACCAUUGGGACCUCCUGGCAGGCCGGGGAACAAGGGGGAAAUCGGUGUCCCUGGUCACAAAGGCAACAUUGGUUAUCGUGGAGAGAGGGGGUCUCGAGGAGAUAAGGGAGACAGGGGUGAAAAGGGAGAGACUCCUGUUAUUGAUAAGAGUGCCUUCUCUGCAGGUCUCACUGCUCAGACUAAACUCCCAGCAGUCAAUGCACCGAUCCGGUUCGACAAGAUCAUUUACAAUGUACAGAAUCACUACGAUCCACUAACAGGAAGAUUCACAUGCUCCAUAGCUGGAGCUUAUUACUUCACCUACCACAUCACUGUCUUCUCCAGAAACGUGAAGGUAGCUCUCGUGAAGAAUGGGGCAAAAAUCAUCCAUACUAUGGAUAACUACCAGAGCAGCGAGGACCAGGCAGCAGGAGGCGCUGUGCUGCACCUAGAGGUGGGGGACAGGGUGUGGCUGCAGGUGGCAGGAGGAGAGCUGUUCAAUGGGCUGUUUGCUGAUGAAGAUGAUGAUACUACUUUCUCUGGCUUUUUAAUAUUUGCAGCUUAAUCAGAUCAUUACGACACUUUAAAAUGAAUGGGAUAUGAAACAUUUAGAU